AGCCCAACAAACCAGCGGGGCAUUUCUAAGCCAGGAACAUCUUCAGGAUGGACCUUGUCCUUCUCUGUGUGUUCCUGCCUCUGGUGACUGUGGCAUGGGGCCAGUACAGUGACUAUUACUAUGGUCCCUAUAAUUAUGGAGAUAAUGAUGAAUGGGUCAAUGUGUAUCGGCAGGGUUUUAACUUCCAGUGCCCACAUGGGCAGGUGAUCGUGGCCGUCAGAAGUGUUUUCAGCAAGAAGGAAGGCUCUGACAGACUGUGGAACUAUGCCUGCAUGCCAGCAUCCCAGAGCCUCGGUGAGCCGACAGAGUGCUGGUGGGAAGAGAUCAACAGGGCAGGAACCGAAUGGUAUCAAACCUGCUCAAACAAUGGGCUGGUGGCUGGUUUCCAGAGCCAGUAUUUUCCAUCUGUGCUGGACCGUGAAUGGCAAUUUUACUGCUGCCGCUAUAGCCGGAGAUGCCCAUAUUCAUGCUGGUUAACAACAGAAUAUCCAGGACACUACGGGGAAGAUAUGGACAUGAUGAUGUACACUUAUGACUAUUACAUCCGUGGGGCAACCACAACUUUCUCUGCUGUGGACAGGGAUCGUCAGUGGAAAUUUAUUGUCUGCAGGAUGACAGACUAUGAUUGCCCAUUUCAAAACGUUUAAAAAGAAGGAAUGUACCCCACUUGGAAAGCUUGAGGAUGGACAGGGUGGGAUGAGAGUUAGUCAUUACAGAAGAAGGGCAAUUAGGCUACAAAAAAAGUACCAAGACUCAUCAGCUGUCUGCUGAAGAUAUAAUUCUUUCCCUCUGGAGCUAAUAAAUAAAUUGCCAGCCCACGUGCUUGCAACAGCAAGUUUGGAGGAUGUUUUAAAGCUGCACUGACAGUUGUAUACCCCAAUAAAAAUUGCUUAAGACAUACACGUUAAUGAUACACAAUUCUAUGGCAUAUGCAGUUACCUUUCUUAUAUAUACAUAUAGCCAUUCUGAACACAUACAACUUUCUUUCACAUAGCAACUCCAUAUAAAUUGCUUCCCAGCACAGUGACUCUGAAUGAGUUGGAAACAUAAUAUAAGCUUCCCAACAUACACUAGACUUUCCUCUUUUCUGCUUUGUACUUGGAAUCAACCCAGUCAUCCCUACCAGCUUCCUAGCAUCUAGGAGCUGGAAGUGUGCUGAAACGGCACCAGGAGGUCUCUGAUGUAACUGCAUCUGGUGUUACCUGUUACAGACCUCAGUGUAACUCCAUUACAACAAAGGUCUGCCUACACAGGGAAAUUCCAGGUAUUUACAACACUGGAAGACAUCAAUAUCUGAUAAAAAUGAGAGUAGAUCCAUCAAUAAAAAAAGAAGCCUAACCCA